UUUUUUUCUUUCAAUCUUUUUAUUGCAAACUAUUAAGUAUGUCGGCUCAUAGAAAAAAACCAUUUAGUGGCAAAAAGAAGAAAGCACAAUUACAAGAAAAGAAAGCUCGCAAAGCAAGAGAAGGUUACUGGCUUGACGAAGAUCGACCUUCCAAUAUUCAACAUGCCUCUAAAUCAAUACCUUCAUUAUCCGAAUCUUUUGUAUCUUCUAAUGAUCAAACACCAACCUGUACUGAUUUCGGUUUGGAUAGUAGCAAUCCUCGAACAAAAAAAUUGCUCUCAUCUUUUGAAAAACUAUCACCGAAAGCCAUUGAACAAGCCCGUUUGAAAAGCAUGCAACCCUUCCAUAGACUUGAAAAGACUUCAUUAGAAGUAAGUGUGGAACAAUGCAAGCCAUCGAUUGGAUUCCCGGUACGACCACAAUGGAAUUAUGAAAUGACCAAAGAACAGGUGGAACAACAAGAAGAAGAAUAUUUCCAGGCAUGGAAACGAUCAGUUUACGAACAAUAUGGUGAUGAUCAACAAAAUGAUAGACAACUUAGUUGGUUCGAACAAAAUUUGGAAGUCUGGCGACAAUUGUGGCGAGUACUUGAAAUCAGUGAUGUGAUUCUAUUAGUAAUGGAUAUUCGAAAUCCAUUGGUACAUUUCCCAGUUUCUCUUUAUCAUUAUGUAACAAAGAAACUUCAACGUAAAAUGGUUGGUGUCUUCAAUAAGGUUGACUUGGUUUCAGACUUUACAGUUUUUGCCUGGCAAAAGUACUUUGAAGAACAAUUCCCUGAACUCCACUUGGCGACAUUCAGUUGCUACCCAAAUGAUGAAAAACUUAUUGAUGAUACAACUACAUAUGCCUUGAAAUCAAGAGUGAAACGACCAAGGAAAAGAUAUUAUUCUGCGCAAGGUGUACGGGAUGUCCUGAAAUGUUGUAAGGAUGUACAAGUAAUCAAGCAUGGUGUACAUGUCGAUUGGCAAGGUUUGAUACAACGUUAUAGUGACAAGACAAUGAAUCAUGAUGAUGAUGAUGACAAUCAAGAUGAUGAUAUUAGUGAUACUGGAAGCACUGCUGGUUUAGAGGACGAGUUUAGCGGCAUUUUGGACAUCACUCAACAAGAUAUUACACCACAUAAGGAUUACAUCACCAUUGGACUUGUUGGUCAUCCCAACGUCGGGAAAAGCAGUUUGAUCAACAGUAUUAUGCAACGUACUGUCGUCAGCACAAGUAGAACUCCUGGACAUACCAAACACUUUCAAACUAUCCACCUAUGUGAAAACGUUCGUUUAUGUGAUUCUCCUGGCUUGGUCUUUCCAUCGCUUUUACCAAGAUCCUUACAGAUUUUAUGUGGUAUGUAUCCUAUAUCACAAGUACAAGAACCUUAUAGUGUUAUCCAAUAUCUGGCUGAAAGAAUCCCUUUGGAAAAAGUAUUGUCUCUCACUCCUCCAGAUCUGGAAAAUGCUCGUAUGACACAAUGGACUGCAUGGAUGAUUUGUGAAUCAUAUGCAGAUCAACGUGGAUUUUAUACUGCUAAGGCUGCUAGACCUGAUGUCUAUCGAGCUGCCAAUGCUAUACUUCGACUUGCAACUGAUGGUCGGAUUCUACUCUCAUUUAAACCACCUGGAUUCUUCUUCACAACGAAAUACGAAAAACUGAAAGUACAAGAAGCGGACGCCAAACAAGAAUAUUCUCCUACGGAUAGUAAUGAAUCUACGGAUGACGACUACAGUGGUACUGAUGACAAUGCCAGUGACAAAGGGGCUAUCACAACAACUAGUGGCCAGUAUGCAGUUUUAGGAUUAGAUCAUGAAUGAUGAUUAGUUUAGUCUCGUUUUGAUAAUAAAAAGACAAAAUGUUCGCCAACUUUGAAUUU